AUGGUAGUCGACUUUAGAGCUCGAAUGAGCAAAUUUGUUUUUUGUAUCUUGGAAAUAGUGGUCAAAAAAUGUAAAACUGCUAUGCUGAUCAAGGAGAUAGACAUCUCGAGGUUGAUGACUCAUGCUCAAAAAAUUGAGAAAGAUAAGCUUAAGAAGAAGGCUAGAGACACCAAGAGGGAAAGGACAUAUAGUGAUGACUACUCUCAUCAGAGCCCCAAUAAUGGCGAUCAUUCCCAGUUUCAAAAGAAAUUCUCUAGCCCGACUGCAUCUAGUGCUCCGGUUCAGAAGUGCAACAAGGAUAGGCUGUCUAAUCCUAAGCCUGAAAAGAGUGUUCCUAGUGGUCAUACUUUCCUACUUGCCAAAACUCAUCAGGGUACUUCAUAUGGUUCUAAUUUUCAGCAUCAUAAUGGGUCUUAUGCACUUCAGACUCGAAAAGAUCAGGAAGAUUCCCUUAAAAUAGUUAUGGGUAUUUUAGGAGUCUUUCAGUUUGAUGUCUAUACUUUGUUAGAUCCUAGAGAUAAUCUUUCUUUUGCAACUCCUUAUGUUUCUAUGAAGUUUGAUAUAAUGCCUCUUAAACGUAUGGCUAGCCAGAGAAACAUUGACAACGCCAAGAUACCCCAGUCGGAGGAUGUCUCUAGACAGUUGAAGGUUCAUGAGAAAAACUAUCUCACUCAUGACUUAAAGCUGGGCAAGGCUAAUAUGGUAGGUGAUGCACUGAGCCAGAAGUCGAGAGCAUGGGUAUCUUGGCUUUCUUAG